CUGUUUUGUUGUUUUUCCAUAAAUACAUUAAAAAUGUAACAGUAGCGAAUCGGCGCUCUGGUUUCAUCGACAUCUCAGUAUAUCGCACGCUGCUGUUGUGAAAUGUUCAGUCACACGGGAUCCUGGGGCGGAGCCGCUCAGUAGCUGUAGGGUUGCAGGCUUUAUUGCACGUUAACAGCUUCUAAAGCGUCGAUCUCUGCUAAUAUCAAGAGGCGAUACUCUACUAAGCAAACAAGACAAGGAAUAGAAUAGUAUAAUGGGCAACUGCCACACCGUGGGACCAAAUGAAGCCCUUGUCGUUUCAGGCGGCUGCUGUGGCUCAGACCAGAAGACCUACGUGGUGGGAGGUUGGGCUUGGGCCUGGUGGCUAAUUUCGGACAUUAAAAAACUCUCUCUGGAAGUUAUGACCAUCCUCUGUCGCUGCGAGAAUAUCGAAACGUCGGAGGGUGUCCCCUUGGACGUGACGGGGGUCGCUCAGGUGAAAGUCAUGACUGAGAAUGAGCUGCUGGCUGUAGCUUGUGAGCAGUUUUUGGGAAAGUCUGUGGUGGAGAUCAAAAGCGUUGUACUGCAGACGUUAGAAGGCCACCUACGCUCCAUUUUGGGCACGCUGACCGUGGAGCAGAUCUACCAGGAUAGAGACCAGUUUGCCAAACUGGUGCGUGAGGUGGCCGCUCCUGACGUUGGUCGCAUGGGCAUUGAGAUCCUCAGCUUCACAAUCAAGGAUGUCUAUGACAAGGUGGACUAUCUGAGCUCCUUGGGAAAGACCCAGACUGCCGCUGUGCAGAGAGAUGCAGACAUCGGUGUGGCGGAGGCUGAGAGAGAUGCUGGGAUCAGAGAAGCCGAGUGCAAGAAGGAGAUGAUGGAUGUCAAGUUCCAGGCUGACACUAAGAUGGCGUAUUCCAAGCGAGAGCUGGAGAUGCAAAAGGCAGAUUUCAACCAGGAAGUGAACACUAAGAAAGCGGAGGCCCAGCUGGCGUAUGAGCUGCAGGCCGCAAAGGAACAGCAGAAGAUCCGGCUGGAGGAGAUAGAGAUUCAGGUGGUCCAGCGGAAGAAGCAGAUCACUAUUGAGGAGAAGGAGAUUUCCAGGAUGGACAAAGAGCUCAUCGCUACGGUUAAGAGGCCCGCUGAGGCUGAGGCCUAUAAAAUGCAGCAGCUGGCAGAGGGACACAAGGUUAAGAAGGUGCUGACAGCCCAGGCUGAGGCUGAGAAGAUCCGGCGGAUAGGGGAGGCAGAGGCUGCCUCCAUCGAGGCUGUGGGGAAGGCUGAGGCUGAGAAGAUGAGGCUGAAGGCGGAAGCGUACCAGCAGUACGGAGAUGCAGCGAAGACUGCCCUUGUGCUGGAGGCUCUUCCCAAGAUUGCAGGGAAGGUAGCUGCCCCCCUCGCCCGGACCAAUGAGAUCGUGAUCCUGAGCGGGGAGGGGAGCCGUGUGACUGGGGAGGUGAACCGCCUGCUGGCAGAGUUGCCCGUGACUGUGAACGCGCUGACGGGCGUGGACCUGUCGAAGCUCCCUCUGCUGCAGAAGAUGUCAAGCGCUCAGGCGUGAAAGCAGUUACAGAGACCUGAAAAAGUCUCUCUUAUGCACUCAUGUCGACUGCCUUCAAAUGCAAACACUUGAAAGUUUUUUUUUAAUUUUUUAAUUUUUUUAAAAAAAGAAAAAUGAGUGGAUUUUUUUAAACCUCUGGUGCCUUAGUACAGUAGGACCAGAUGACCACCUCUGUGUAUCACCUCUCCUUUUAAAUUUUAUUUUAUUAUGAAGCCGGAAUGAAAGACCAUUUUCAAUGCAGUGUGGAGUGCCUAUAUACUGUCAUUUCAUAAUGCAAUUCAAUUGUUUUUCUUUUUACUUUUUUCUGUAAAAUUAUACAUAUUCGUAGGCCUUUAGAAUCUUUUUGUGUUUUAAGUCCAUACUAUUUCUCUUACAUAUUUGUUGGGCAGCCUUGAUUAAAGCUGGCCUUUGUUGUCUCAUAGUUGCAUGUGGUGAAUCACCUGUAUCCAUCUGUUCCUGUGAUUUAGACAUUGUUAGACUGCUCUAGGCUGGAGUCGAGCCGUCGUUUCAGGUACAGUUGAAGGCGUCUGUGUUGAUUUGUAGGAUUGCAUACUAAAGUGUAAGAAUGGCUGUAGUGAUUAGAGCUGUACUUCCCUCACUGCUGUGUGUUCACUCUUGCUUCCUCCAACUUCCAUCCAUGUGGCACAUUUUUAAGGCAUGCCAGAUUCUGCGGCCCGGCAUGUUUUAAAUAGUCACCCCCUUUAUCUUCGAAGGCAUGGUGUUUGCUGAGAUAGCCAGUCGCCACAUGGCCCAUCAGGAAGAAGGAAUGACCAGGAGUUGCUGUUCUAGCACUCCACUCUGUUACAUAGUGCCUACGUUGCGUCUAAAUGAUCGAUCUGAACGGGGCGUCUCAGUACUGCUGUGAGGCGGGUCUGCCACUGUGUGUCCUCCUCUUGGUUUAUUCCAGAAGUUUUGUGCUCUCGUCCGCCUCACCUAUGAUGCUCGACUCCGGGACCAGACCCUGUGUGCCAGCAUGCAGAAGGCUCCGGUCAGUGACAUAAAGAAUGCAGAAACAUGUGUGAUCUUUAUGUUUGUCCUGAUUGUCUGAACAUGGAAGUUAUAAACAUGACAGUUAGUGUCUGUAGUCCAUGAAUGUGCAUUACUGUGUUUGUGCAUCUCUUUGUACAUAUAUACUGAGUCAAAUGUAAACUUGUGCAUGGAUACAUACCAACAAAUUUUGCCGUUUAGAAAUUAGCUAUUACUGGAUACUGUCACUCCUCCUAAGGCAGAUAGGUUCCUCACGAUGUAUGCAAUGGACUCAUCAUUUGCGAGACCAAAGAUCUGACAACUGUAGAUAUUUACGCUCUGUAUAUUUGCACGGUUUUAGUCUAAGCUUUCCGUAGGUAUCUGGGUCACUAUGCUGUGAUAUCAAUGUGAAAGUGCAACUUGAGUUUUUCACUUUGGGCUGGAAACAUUUUCAGAUGUUGUUUGCCAUGCCGAGGUCAGUCAUAUGUGAAGAAGAGGUUCUUGUUGUUUUUUGUGUUGUUUUUAUUUUUACACUUCUUGGCCAAAGUUUUGCUCAUGUUUUCGUAUAACCCAGGUUACUCUGAAUGAGCUUAGUGAUUUUGAAAUCAUUUUUGUAUGUCUUUGUCAAUGGGAUAUUUUAGCACCUGACCUAUAAUUUUUUUUUCCAACAAAUAACAUCAACUUAAUACCUUAUAAGAAUAAUAAGCUAAUAGGAAUAUGCAUGUUAUAAUGGCCAGCACGGCAGAAAGAAAAUCCUUAAAGUAACACUUAAUUUACACCUGUGCCUACAAGCAUUUUGUUUCGUACAUAGAUGUACUCUUAUACUGAAGUCAGAUUUAUUCUUGCUUGGAAUACGCAUCUUUUACGUUUGAUCGGUGCAAAUUUUUUUGUAUUUUGUUAAUGUAUGAUAAUAUGAAUAUUUCAAUAUUAAUGUUUGCAUUUAUUUGAUCAGUUCAGAUUUCACUUCAUCUUAAAGUUACACCUGUUUAUAAAUAAAAAAAUAUUUAAAAAGUG